AUGUGUUCAGCGAAGACGGUAACAGCCAAUGCCCCAGUGAUCAAAAAGCCGCAAGCUGAAGUUACCAGAGAACCUCCUAAGGCAACGACUAUUCAUGUGAAUACCUAUUUAGAUGCUAAGAAGACGGCUCCAAUCAUCAGUCACAACAUGUUCUCCUACGACGAAAUUCCCGGACCUCUUACUUUGAGAAUGAUCAACAAGUUUUGGAGUAUGAUACCAGUCAUGGGUUCAGAAGUCACCGUACGUAUCAUCCAGUAUCUUCUGAGUGGAGGAAGGUUCUUUGGUGACUUGCUGAGUUGGGGUGGCAACCCGUAUUUCUUCAAGAAGUUCUUCAGAGUAUAUGGUCCUGUGGUUAGGCUUCAUGGAGCUUUUGGAAGUGACGUGGUACUUUUAAGCAGACCUGAGCAUGCCUGCGCUGUAUUUCAGAGUGAAGGUCAGUACCCGAUCAGAUCAUGUUUGGAAUCGAUGCAGAAGUAUAGGCUGGAUUGUCGCAAAUAUCAGAAAAUUGGACCAUUUUUUAUGUAUGGUGCUGACUGGGAGAGACUCCGCAAAGCAAUGGAGGAACAGCUGAAAGAUUCAAUAGUCAAGCAAUAUGAAACCAUCGAUAGAAUCUGUGAUGAUUUUGUGGAGAGGAUCAAGGUUCUAAGAAAUCCACAAGAAGAAAUGCCCAAUGACUUCUUGAAGGAGAUCCAUAAAUGGUCUUUAGAGUCACUAUGCUCUGUCACUCUGAAUAAAAGAUUCGGUUUUUUGGAUACUUAUGGGUUAAGUCCUACCUCCGAUGCAGGUGUUAUACUACAAGGACUAACUGGGGCGACACAGGCAAUCAGAAAGUGCGAAUAUGGCCUUCAUGUGUGGAAAUUCAUAGAAACUCCUGCAUGGAAGUCCUUGGUGAAACAUUGUGACAUGGUUGAGAAUGUGCUGGAUAAACACGUGGCCGACGCUAUUGAAUCUUUGAAAUACAAGAAAGAUAAACUGACUGGUCUGGAUAGUGCAUCGAUGCUAGAGAGUCUCGUCUUGAAGCAUAACACCAAGUACCAAGAUGUCAUGACUGUUAUGCUCGAUAUGUUCCUUAUCGGCACAAAUGCGACUGCUCAUACCGUUGGAUUCUUGCUCUACCAUCUAGCUAAGAAUCCUCGAUGCCAGAUAAAGCUAUAUGGUGAAGUCAAGAAGAAUCCAACUGCUAAUAGGGAUACCUUGAAGAGGAUGCCGUAUCUCCAAGCUUGUAUGAAAGAGUGUCUACGACUUAACCCAGCCAUUCCGAUACUGAGCAGAGUUCUGACAAACGAUAUAGUUGUUCACAACUACCAAGUACCUAAAGGCACCCAUGUUCUCUUCGCGUCACACCUCAACAGCUACAAUGAAGAGUAUUUUGAGGAUGCCACGAGAUUCAAACCUGAACGAUGGCUGGAUAAUGAACUCGGAGGAUUUGGUAACGAAUAUCAAGCGUUCGCAACCAUGCCCUUUGGAUAUGGUGCAAAGUCUUGUGUAGCCAAGGAGUUAGCGGAAGUUCAAAUAGCAAUGCUGACGUACAAGGUGUGCAAGAAUUUCAAAAUCGAGUAUAAUUAUGGCGAUAUAACCAGCUCAAGUGAAAUGUUAGCUCAACCAACUAAGCCGCUGAAGUUUAGGUUUGUAGAUCGGGCUUGA